AUGUCAAACUGGGGUCAGUUGCCCGCCGAGAUUUUGUUAAACAUCAUUCAGUUUGCAAUUGCUGACUUGGACACACUGAAUUGCAUUGAAAGAAUGAAAGGAUGGAAAUUCAAACAGCAAUGCUUACUGGUUUCUAAACACUGGUCUAUGGUUACCCGACAAGUGGCAUACAAAGCAGUCGGAUUAAACACCGAUUGUAAUUUUGAAAAAUUCAUUGCAUUCAUGCUUGAUUCUCCUCAUGGUUGUUUGGUCCGAGAAAUAACCUUUGGUUAUGACUUGAAGCAUCGCGUGGAACCUCACUUAGGUCCAUUAUUUAGAGCGUGUCCCAACUUGAUAUCAUUACAGAAUCUUGACGCAAUAGACGAGCCGUUUUAUAGACGUUUAACUUUAGAAGUUCGUGCAAUGGGAAACAGUCUCAAGUUACAAAAGAUACCGACAUUUGACAUUGACAAUAUUGACACUUUUGAAUCAUAUGGACAGGCAGCUUACGCCUUAAAAAAUACGUUAGAAGAAAUUUCAUUUUGUGAUAUGCGUUAUGAUAAUCCGACGUAUGAAUCAGAUAGGGCAUUGAGUCGAUUAGUGGAAUUUACAAAACUUCGGGAGGUCACUUUUCAUUUGUAUGAGUAUGACAACAUCUUCCAAAUUUUCACGAAGAUCCAGAAUUGCACUUCAUUUUCCACUGUUAGAAUAAUAUGUGUCAGCGAUACUUAUUUUGGAGAAGUUCUUGAUCAGCCAGAACCCUACAACUUGAAGCCACUUCCAAAUGUUUUAAAAUUACAAGUAAUUGGAGCAAUACCCUUCACUGAGAGACAUUUUCAGUAUAUCAUGCAUGUAUUUCCAAACCUACAUGACUUCGUUGUUAUUCAGGGUUAUGGUUUUUCUCGCGUAACAGACGAGCCGGACAUCAUGGAGGAACAUCAAGAGAUAGGACAACAAGUUCCCAGCAAAGCUUGGAUCGAUUUUCUGACGUAUGUUUCUCGAAUAAACACGAAUAUAAUUGGCACCUUCUUUAUCAAGGACUAUGCCGAAGUCUUUGCAAAUUUUCCAAACCUUACUGAACAUUUAGAAAUACGAUAUGGACCCGACUUACGUAUCAAACCGAAUUUCAAUAUUGUAUACCAAAACCGUGAUUUCGAGUCUCGGGAUUACGGUAAAAAGCGCUAUGGAAUCGAAAAUUUUCGUCAUCUUGUUUUUGAUUGCAGGUCUUUUGAUUUCUGUGAUAAUUUACCUCAUGAACCUCUUCUUCGCAUCUAUGGGCCAACAAUGAAGUCGUUAAAUCUUAAGAUGAUGUCUGCUGACCACCACAAUUCAGAAGAGAGUGUUGCUUACAGGAUGCUGGAUGGAAAUGUCUUUAACCCGAUAUUUGAACAUUGUUCAGUGUUAAAGAAGCUCCGGGUACGCGAUGGCUACUUUAAUUUUCUCAGUCCAAGUCCUUUCAAGGCUACCGAAAACCUUCAAUUGAUGGAAUUUGAGAGGUGCUCAUUUGGCCUUGACUUUCUUUGUGAAUUGUCUACAUCAUUGCCUGACCCAAUGCAGUAUUUGUCAUUCACGUCUUGUUCUAUAUCGUCACCCUACGAAAUGACGGAUGAUUGUCUUCAGGUGAUCGACAUGCCGUAUACUUCAUUUGGUUAUUUGAUAUGGAAUAAUCAAAGAUGUACGGAGGCCAUGGAAUCAUUAUACGUCAAAGUUAUAAAAAAGUCGCGAUCGUUUUAUUAUGAGAUGGAUAAAAGUAACGAAAUGGUAUUAUCAUCGCCAGUUGAAUUUGAUUACUCUAGAGACUAUGCUUCAUCAAUGAGUAUUGAUAUCCGAUGCUUUGAUAUUGAAAAUUUGGUGAUAAAACUAAAUAAUAGGUUUCAUGUACAUGGAUCUUUCAAAGGCGAUAAUCUCACGUUCCGUUAUGGAGGAAAGCAUAUGAAAAUAAGUGAGCCUGCUAAUUUUCACAACAGUUGCUAUAGCUUUAUCUAAAUAAUAAAAGCUUGCCCGAAAAGAGUUAAUAAUUUAUAAAGCAGUCUUGCAUAAAAACAAAAUAUUAUUUGGC